UUAUUCUGUUUUGCGUUUUUAACAUAUCCAGAACUUACAUUCAAGUAAAUGAUAAAAAACAUGAUUAAAUCACGUUGCUGUAAACUUGUGUUCCGAAAUCCAGAAUCUAACAGUCAAAUACUUAGGACAAAGCAAAGUGCUAUGCCUUUUUUUUUUUUUUAAUAAUUUUUAUUGUGCUUUAAUUUUUUUUUUUUAAGUGAAAGUUUACAAGUCAAGUCAGUCUGUCACAUAAAAGCUUAUAUACACCUUACUACAGACUCCCAUUUACUCUCCCCCUAAUGAGUCAGCCCGCUCCCUCCUUCCAGUCUCUCCUUUCAUGACUGUUUUGCCAGUUUCUAACCCUCUCUACCCUCCCAUCUCCCCUCCAGACAGGAGACGCCAACAGUCUCAAGUGUCCACCUGAUACAAGUAGCUCACUCUUCAUCAGCAUCUCUCUCCAACCCAUUGUCCAGUCCCUUCCGUGUCUGAUGAGUUGUCUUUGGGAAUGGUUCCUGUCCUGGGCCAACAGAAGGUUUGGGGACCAUGACCGCCGGGAUUCUUCUAGUCUCGGUCAGACCAUAAAGUCUGGCCUUUUUAUGAGAAUUUGGGGUCUGCAUCCCACUGUUCUCCUGCUCCCUCAGGGGUUCUCUGUUGUGCUCCCUGUCAGCGCAGCCAUCGGUUGUGGCUGGGCACCAUCUAGUUCUUCUGAUCUCAGGAUGAUGUAAGUCUCUGGUUCCUGUGGCCCUUUCUGUCUCUUGGACUCAUAGUUAUCGUGUGACCUUGGUGUUCUUCAUUCUCCUUUGAUCCAGGUGGGUUGAGACCAAUUGAUGCAUCUUAGAUGGCCGCUUGUUAGCAUUUAAGACCCCAGACGCCACAUUUCAAAGUGGGAUGCAGAAUGUUUUCAUAAUAGAAUUAUUUUGCCAAUUGACUUAGAAGUCCCCUUAAGCCAUAGUCCCCAAACCCCUGCCCGUGCUCCGCUGACCUUCGAAGCAUUCAGUUUAUCCUGGAAACUUCUUUGCUUUUUGUCCAGUCCAGUUGAGCUGACCUUCCCUGUAUUGAGUAUUGUCCUUCCCUUCACCUAAAGUAGUUCUUGUCUACUAACUAAUCAGUAAAUAACCCUCUCCCACCCUCCUUUCUUCCCCUCUCUCGUAACCACAAAAGAAUGUGUUCUUCUCAGUUUAGACUAUUUCUCAAGAUCUUAUAAUAGUGGUCUUAUACAAUAUUUGUCCUUUUGCCUCUGACUAAUUUCACUCAGCAUAAUGCCUUCCAGGUUCCUCCAUGUUAUGAAAUGUUUCACAGAUUCCUCACUGUUCUUUAUCAAUGCGUAGUAUUCCAUUGUGUGAGUAUAACACAAUUUAUUUAACCAUUCAUCCGUUGAUGGACACCUAGGUUGCUUCCAGCUUUUUGCUAUUGUAAACAGAGCUGCAAUAAACAUGGGUGUGCAUAUAUCUGUUUGUGUAAAGGCUCUUAUUUCUCUAGGGUAUAUUCCGAGGAGUGGGAUUUCUGGGUUGUAUGGUAGUUCUAUUUCUAACUUUUUAAGAAAAUGCCAGGUAGAUUUCCAAAGUGGUUGUACCAUUUGACAUUCCCACCAGCAGCGUAUGAGAGUUCCAGUCUCUCCGCAGCCUCUCCAACAUUUAUUAUUUUGUGUUUUUUGGAUUAAUGCCAGCCUUGUUGGAGUGAGAUGGAAUCUCAUCGUAGUUUUAAUUUGCAUUUCUCUAAUGGCUAAUGAUCGAGAGCAUUUUCUCAUGUAUCUGUUAGCUGCCUGAAUACCUUCUUUAGUGAAGUGCGUGUUCAUAUCCUUUGCCCACUUUUUGAUUGGGUUGUUUGUCUUUUUGUGGUUGAGUUUUAACAGAAUUGUAUAGAUUUUAGAGAUGAAGCGCUGGUCGGAGAUGUCAUAGCUGAAAAUUUUUUUCCAAUCUGUAGGUGGUCUUUUUACUCUUUUGGUGAAGUCUUUAGAUGAGCAUAGGUGUUUGAUUUUUAGGAGCUCCCAGUUACCUGGUUUCUCUUCGUCAUUUUUAGUAAUGUUUUGUAUUUUGUUUAUGCCUUGUAUUAAGGCUCCUAACGUUGUCCGUAUUUUUUCUUCCAUAAUUUUUAUCGUUUUAGUCUUUAUGUUUAGGUCUUUGAUCCACUUGGAGUUAGUUUUUGUGUAUGGUGUGAGGUAUGGGUCCUGUUUCAUUUUUUUGCAGAUGGAUAUCCAGUUAUGCCAGCACCAUUUGUUAAAAAGACUAUCUUUUCCCCAGUUAACUGACACUGGGCCUUUGUCAAAUAUCAGCUGCUCAUACGUGGAUGGAUUUAUAUCUGGGUUCUCAAUUCUGUUCCAUUGGUCUAUGUGGCUGUUGUUGUACCAGUACCAGGCUGUUUUGACUACUGUGGCUGUAUAAUAGGUUCUGAAAUCAGGUAGAGUGAGGCCUCCCACUUUCUUCUUCUUUUUCAGUAAUGCUUUACUUAUCCGGGGCUUCUUUCCCUUCCAUAUGAAGUUGGUGAUUUGUUUCUCCAUCACAUUAAAAAAUGUCAUUGGAAUUUGGAUCGGAAGUGCAUUGUCUGUCUAGAUGGCUUUUGGUAAAAUAGACAUUUUUACUAUGUUAAGUCUUCCUAUCCAUGAGCAAGGUAAGUUUUUCCACUUAUGUAGGUCCUUUUUAGUUUCUUGCACUAGUACUUUGUAGUUUUGUUUGUAUAGGUCUUGUACAUCUUUGGUAAGAUUUAUUCCUAAGUAUUUUAUCUUCUUGGGGGCUACUGUGAAUGGUAUUGAUUUGGUGAUUUCCUCUUCGAUGUUUUUUUGUUGAUGCAGAGGAAUCCGAGUGAUUUUUGUAUGUUUCUCUUAUAACCUGAGACUCUGCCAAACUCUUCUCUUAGUUUCAGUAGUUUUCUGGAGGAUUCCUUAGGGUUUUCUGUGUAUAAGAUCAUGUCAUCUGCAAAUGGAGAUAAUUUUACUUCUUCCUUGCCAAUCCGGAUGCCCUUUAUUUCUUUGUCUAGCCUAAUUGCUCUGGCUAGGACCUCUAGCACAAUGUUGAAUAAGAGCAGUGAUAAAGGGCACCCUUGUCUGGUUCCCAUUCUCAAGGGAAAUGCUUUCAGGCUCUCUCCAUUUAGAAUGAUGUUGGCUGUUGGCUUUGUAUAGAUGCCCUUUAUUAUGUUGAGGAAUUUUCCUCCAAUUUCUAUUUUGCUGAGAGUUUUUAUCAUGAAUGGGUGUUAGACCUAGUCAGUUGAUAAGAUCAUGUGGUUUUUGUCUUUUAUUUAUAUGGUGGAUUACGUUAAUGGUUUUUCUAAUAUUAAACCAACCUUGCAUACCUGGUAUGAAUCCCACUUGGUCGUGGUGGAUUAUUUUUUUGAUAUGUUGUUGAAUUCUAUCGGCUAGAAUUUUGUUGAGGAUUUUUGCAUCUAUGUUCAUGAGGGAUAUAGGUCUGUAAUUUUCUUUUUUUGUGGUGUCUUUACCUGGUUUUGGUAUCAGGGAUAUGGUGGCUUCAUAGAAUGAGUUAGGUAGUAUUCCAUCAUUUUCUAUGCUUUGAAAUACCUUUGGUAGUAGUGGUGUUAACUCUUCUCUGAAAGUUUGGUAGAAUUCUGCAGUGAAGCUGUCUGGGCCAGGGUUUUUUUUUGUUGUUGUUGGGAGUGUUUUGAUUACCUUUUCAGUCUCUUUUUUUGUUAUGGGUCUAUUUAGUUGUUCUACUUCUGAUUAUGUUAGUUUAGGUAGGUAGUGUUUUUCUAGGAAUUCAUCCUUUUCUUCUAGGUUUGCAAAUUUGUUAGAGUACAAUUUUUCGUAAUAAUCUGAUACGAUUUUUUUAAUUUCAGUUGGGUCUGUUGUGAUAUGGCCCAUCUCGUUUCUUAUUCAGGUUAUUUGUUUCCUUUCCUGUAUUUCUUUAGUCAGUCUGGCCAAUGGUUUAUCAAUUUCGUUAAUUUUUUCAAAGAACCGGCUUUUGGCUUUGUUAGUUCUUUCCAUUGUUUUUCUGUUCUCUAAUUCAUUUAGUUCAGCUCUAAUUUUUAUUAUUUGUUUUCUUCCGGUGCCUAAUGGAUUCUUUUGUUGCUCGCUUUCUAUUUGCUCAAGUUGUAGGGACAGUUCUCUGAUUUUGGCUCUUUCGUCUUUAUGUAUGUGUGCAUUUAUCGAUACAAGUUGACCUCUGAGCACUGCUUUUGCUGUGUCCCAGAGGUUUUGAUAGGAAGUAUUUUCAUUCUCGUUGCAUUCUAUGAAUUUCCUUAUUCCCUCCUUGAUGUCUUAUAUAACCCAGUCUUUUUUGAGCAGGAUAUUGUUCAGUUUCCAAGUAUUUGAUUUCUUUUCCCUGAUUUUUCUGUUAUUGAUUUCCACUUUUAUGGCCUUGUGGUCUGAGAAGAUACUUUGUAAUAUUUCAAUGUUUUGGAUUCUGCAAAGGUUUGUUUUAUGACCUAAUAUGUGGUCUAUUCUAGAGAAUGUUCCAUGUGCGCUAGAAAAAAAAGUAUACUUUGCAGCUGUUGGGUGGAGUGUUCUGUAUGAGUCUAUGAGGUCAAGUUGGUUCAUUGUAGCAAUUAGGUCUUCCGUGUCUCUAUUGAGCUUCUUACUGGAAGUCCUGUCCUUCUCCAAAAGUGGUGUGUUGAAGUCUCCUACUAUAAUUGUGGAGGUGUCUAUGUCACUUUUCAAUUCUGUUAAAGUUUGUUUUAUGUAUCUUGCAGCCCUGUCAUUGGGUGCAUAAAUAUUUAAUAUGGUUAUUUCUUCCCUGGUCAAUUGUCCCUUUAAUCAUUAUGUAGUGUCCUUCUUUAUCCUUUGUGGUGGAUUUAACUUUAAAGUCUAUUUUUUCAAAAAUUAAUAUUGCUACUCCUGCUCUUUUUUGCUUGUCGUUUGCUUGAUAUAUUUUUUUCCAUCCUUUGAGUUUUAGUUUGUGUCUCUAAGUCUAAGGUGUGUCUCUUGUAGGCAGCAUAUAGACAGAUCGUGUUUCUUUAUCCAGUCUGAGACUCUGUCUCUUUAUUGGUGCAUUUAGUCCAUUUACAUUCAGUGUAAUUAUUGAUAAGAAUGUGCUUAGUGCUGUCAUUUUGAUGCCUGUUUGUGUGUGUUGUUGACAAUUUCAUUUUUCCACUUUUCUGUGCUGAGACGUUUUUCUUUGUAAAUUGUGUGUUCCUCAUUUUCGUAGUAGUUGAAUUUAUGUUUGCUGAGUCAUUAUGUUUUUCUUGGUUUUUAUUUUGAGUUAUGGAGUUGUUAUACCUCUUUGUGGUUACCUUAAUAUUUACCCCUAUUUUUCUAAGUAAAAACCUAACUUAUAUUGUCCUAUAUCUCCUUGUUUUCCUCUCCAUAUGGCAGUUCUGUGCCUCCUGUAUUUAGUCCCUCUUUUUGAUUAUUGUGAUCUUUUACAUAUUAACUUCAAUGAUUCCCUGUUUUGAACAUUUUUUUCCCCUUUUACAAUUAAGCUUAAUUUGUUUUUGUGAUUUCCCUUUUUGAGUUGAUAUCAGGAUGUUCUGUUCUGUGACCUUGUGUUAUGCUGGUAUGUGAUAUUAUUGAUUUUCUGACCAAACAAUUUCCUUUAGUAUUUUUUUUUUAUAGCUUUGGUUUGGUUUUUGCAAAUUCUUUAAGCUUGUGUUUAUCUGUAAAUGUUUUAAUUUCACCUUCAUAUUUGAGAGUUUUGCUGGAUUUAUGAUCCUUGGCUGGCAGUUUUUCUCCUUCAGUGCUCUAUAUAUGUCAUCCCAUUGCCUUCUUGACUGCAUGGUUUCUGCUGAGUAGUCUGAACUUAUUCUUAUUGAUUCUCCUUUGUAGGAGACCUUUCUUUUACCCCUGGCUGCUUUUAAAAUUUUCUCUUUAUCUUUGGUUUUGGCACAUUUGAUGAUAAUAUGUCUUGGUGAUUUUCUUUUUGGAUCAAUCUUAUAUGGGGUUCGAUGAGCAUCUUGGAUAGAUAUCCUUUUGUCUUUCAUGAUGUCAGGGAAGUUUUCUGCCAACAGAUCUUCAGCUAUUUUCUCUGUAUUUUCUGUUAUCCCUCCCUGUUCUGGAACUCCAAUCACACGUAAGUUAUUCUUCUUGAUAGAGUCCUACAUGAUUCUUAGGGUUUCUUUAUUUUUUUUUAAUUCUUUUAUCUGAUUUUUUUUUCAGCUAUAUUGGUGUCAAUUCCCUUAUCCUCCGGGUACCCCACUCUGCAUUCCAAUUACUCGAUUCUGCUCCUCUGACUUCCUAUUGAGUUGUCUAAUUCUAUAAUUUUACUGUUAAUCUUUUGGAUUUCUGAAUGCUAUCUCUCUGUGGAUUCUUGCAGCUUAUUAAUUUUUCCACUAUGUUCUUGAAUAAUCUUUUUGAUUUCUUCAACUGCUUUAUCAGUGUGUUCCUUGGCUUUUUCUGUAGAUUGCCUUAUUUCAUUUCUGAGGUCUUCCCCGAUGUCUUGAAGCAUUCUGUAAAUUAGUUUUUUAUAUUCUACAUCUGGCAAUUCCAGGAUUGUAUCUUCAUUUGGGAAAGAUUUUGAUUCUUUAUUUUGGGGAGUUGUAGAAGCAAUCAUGGUCUGCUUCUUUAUGUGGUUUGAUAUCGACUGCUGUCUCCGAGCCAUCUCUAAGAUAUUGUAGUGAUUUAUUCUAUAUUUGCUCACUGAGUCUUAUCUUGUUUUGUUUUCUUUCCCAUAUACGUAAAUGGGCUACUGGAUUGCACUGUCUUGACUGUUAUAGCCCUUGAAUCACUUAUGUCCUAUUACCAGCUGGUUUGGGCUGUCACCAGAUAUAUAAGCCUAAGAGUCCAUUCACUAUUCUUGAGUAGAAUCUGAUUUUGGGUCAUCAAGUGUGUGGUGCAGACUGUCACCUAUCCACCUAGAGAAGUAGUGCUGAUAGUUGUGUGCACCAGAUUCUAGUAGCAGCUGGGGUUCACACUCCAGGGGGGCAGGAUGCUGACAGGCUUCCCCCAAGUGCUAGUGAGGUAGGUGUGUCUCUAUUCCUAAAGCACUUUGGUAGGUGGGCUCUGCAGCUGUACCUUAGGCACCCAAUGCGUGUACCUCUACAGAUUGGUAGGUGUCACCCUCCUUAGACCCCUAAGGCAGGAGGCUAGGUGGUCUGGGGGGAGCUUCAGCCCUCAGUUCCCUGUUGUGGGUCAGUGAGGGCUCUGUUGAAUACACAGAGAUAUCAGACCUGGGAAACUUGUCUUUCCAGUAAUCCGCUAAAACAAUUACAGUCAGAUCCCUAUCAGAAUUGCCUUUGCAUUAUAAUAGCCACUUUGUUGCCUGUAGGGAUUAAAGCCCUAGACUGUGGAUCUCAUAUGCUUGGCUGGAGCUGGUUCUGUUUUAGUCCAAUUUCAGGAAGUCAGGGAAGGAUUUUUGGUCCCUGGGUUUUUUGUAGCUGCUUCUCUCAGGCCAGGAGAAUGGGUUAGGAAAAGACCAAAAAAAACAAAACAAAACAAAAAUGCAGCGUACUUCACUCUCUGGCUCAGGAAAUUCCAAUGUUAAUGAAGCCGCCUGGGAAGGGGAGGGGAGGGAUCAGACAGAUAGGAGAGAGUAGCACCCCGGAAUAUAGACAAAGUUACGUAUCUUGCUUGGUGAGGACUGUUUUAUCUGAGAUUCCUGAGGGGCGAGUCGACUGUAUGCGCUGGCUGGGUAGAGAUUGCCCCCGAGGGUCAGGCCGCGUCCUGUGCUUGCGCUGUCUCAGAAGCCGUGGUUAGUUCCUCCGCUCCCAGUCCAAAGCCCAGCGCCAAGGUUCCCCGGCUGGGAUGCCGCACUCCAUGCUCCAAAACCAGUCGCUGCCUCCCGGUGACUUCUCCUGUCGGCUGCGUUGCUGCGCUGCCUGCGUGCACUGGCUGGGCUUCCCCCGAGGUCACUUCUGGGGGGUAGGGCUGCGACCCGUGUUUGCACUGUCUCAGGAUGCUGUGCUCAGCUCCCCUGCGCCUGGUCCAAAGCCCGGUGCCAAGGUUUUCUGACGAGGACGCUGGCUCCAGGCUCCGAAAACAGUCGCUGCUUCCCCGUGGUUGCUUGUUCUCAGUCUCUGUCACUCAGGUCAACUCUUUAGAUCUGUGUUUGAUGGUCAGGGUUCGUAGAUCGUCAUGUAUGUGAUCAGUUCACUUGUUUUUCUGAGUCUUUGUUGCAAGAGGGAUAGGAGAUAGCUUCUACCUAGUCAGCCAUCUCGGCCCCGCCUCAGUGCUGUUCCUUUAUAAAGGAAAAUAAUAGAUUAUAAAUUCACAGUUUUGGAAAUCAUAAAGGUUAAAAAUGAAGGGUAUUUUGACAGUAAGAAUAAAGAUAAUCUAAUAGAUUUAAUACACAGGAGAUUUAAUCUGCUUGGCUUUGCCUUAGAGUCUAGCACUUCAUUUCUCAGUUUGUUGUGUGAUUCACACACAAACAGAAGCUAUUUUCUGUCUUGAGCUCUUUCUUGGAGUGUUUAUAUAUUCUGACAUCCCAGCUGACCUUCAGUUGGUGACCGCCGGAAGUUUUUCUUCAUUUAUGGCGCGUGCUCUACAGAGUGGGGUUACUGUCCGACUUUGCAUCCAGCUCUCCCUAAGUUCAGACUGACUCGGAGCAAGCCCUGAGCCACAGCGGGGGACUUGGCUCCGGCACAGGAACGUGAGUGCGCGCUGUCCUGCAGGUGGAACGGACCGUGUGUGUUCUGUGUGCUGGUGCCUGUCGACUCCUACAGCGGCCUGGGCGGGAGGGCAGUGUGGUGGUGCUUGUCGUGUUUCUCUUUUCCAAGAGAUUGGCACCACUAAGCCAGGCUGUCGCAUGGUAGGGUUGGACCUUUAGACUCAGUUAAACGGUUUCUGAGCUGGUCGGAAUAGGGUUAAAUGCUUUUAACAAGCAAAGCCUUUAUAAACCAGUAGAUGAUACAUUAUUUUUAGUCAUGUGGUUCUCUUGUUUUAUUUGAGACUUGGAACCUCAGUUACUUACAAAUCAGUGGUAAACAGUUUAGUGUCCUUCUUCUCAUUUAAUAUCUCUUGUGUAGAGUGGUUGCAUUUAGUGACUUAUUCUAUAUAGGGCUUUAAAAUGAUCUGAUGUCAGUCUCUAAAGAAAAUAUCCUGAUUGUGUUAUUUUUGUGUUAUUUGCCAUGUUUUAUUAAUUAGUUUCAAAAGGAAGCAAAUAAAAAAUAGAGUUAAGUGGAAUUGGAGCUCUGGUGAUGCAGUGGUUAAGAGCUCAGCUGCUAACCAAAAGGUCAGCGGUUUAGAUCCACCAGCUGCUCCUUGGAAACCCUGUGGGGCAGUUCUACUCUGUCCUGUAGGGUCACUAUGAGUUGGAAUCCACUCGGCAAUGGGUUUGUUUGGUUUUGGUUUUUGGGUAAAUGGAAUUGAACCUGUACAUGUGGGUCCUGGAAGAAACCAGCUCCUUUCAUUGAAGUGGUAUUUGCUCUCUGGAGCCUGGCUGCAGGGAUGGGACAGUGACAACCACUGAGGAGGGGGUACUACUGCCUUGUAAGAUGGGGGGACAGUGGGAAUUGAUGGAGAAGAAACACUGACAGCAAAGGGCCAUCUCUGAGUGUAGCUGACGGAUGGGGGAGAGGUGACUUAAACACAAAAGCGUCUUGAAGCCGAUGGGGAGAGAGUCAUUGUUUUUAAACUCGGUAAAUACGGCGGCAGACGUAAGGAAGAAGUCAUCCUUCGUAUGGGUCCACUGUGGCUGCCAAGGUGGCUGUAUGUCCGUAAUCUAACAAACAUGCCUUUUUCUACAGCAGCAGAUGUAGGCAAGAAGUCAUCCUUCAUAUAGUCCACUGUGGCUGCCAAGGCGGCUGUAUGUCCAUAAUCUAACAAACAUGCCUUUUUCUUUUGAGAGAAGAGGCACUUUUGAAGACUUCUGUUUAAAAAGAGAAUAAGACAGUUUGAUCUCAAAAUGAUGUGCUGUGUGCCAGUUUCUGCACGUUUCAGGUCAAAGUUUCUACUUUAGUUGCCUUUCAGAGUUUACUGCCUUUCAUACAUGGUCUGUUAUUGUGAGGAUGGUUGUGUAGGUGUGGAAUGGUUGGUCAGAGCCCAGAGGAGGGAAAAAAUAAAAUGUCAGAGGAGGCCUGGUUGGAUACUUAAGAAACCUUUUAAAUCUCUGCUUUGCAUAGAUGUUUGAAAUAGGCUGUGAGGACAUUUUAUGAAUAAAUUACUUUUAUGAGAUAAAAAAUCAUCUCUUUUUCUAAUCUUUUUAAAUUACUAUAGACUUUUAAAAGUAAUUACGUUAUUCACGGGAAGCUAGCAUAAAUGACUGAGAGAAGCUAAACUUGAUGGGUUUCUUGUCUUGGAUGACUUUUCUAGUUUGAAAAUAACGACACAUAAGGAAAUGGAUUUACUUUCUGAAACACUUUAUUUUUAUGAAGUUUUCUUGUAUUUUUAAAACAUACUUUGCUCCUUAAUAUUAAAAAAUGAAAACUUGCGUUAGAAUUACAGUUGCUACUUUUUCUCCUUAAGGAUUAGGGAUACUUUUGAAAAGAAAAAUAAAAGAAGAAGAAAGCUCAGUUGGGUGGUUUUCCUGAGAAGUGUUUCUUGGCAGGCACAGAGCUCAACAAGGAAAGCUGCUUAGUGAUGUCCCCGGAUGGCGAUUCAUUCAGAGCUCCACGUAAAUAACAGUUGUUUCAACACAUAAAAUGAACUUUGCGUUUUAGGUCUCAGAAUCUGUGCCACUAAGGGGCAGAAGAAUAAGGCAGGUGUCUUUUUCUCCCGACACAAAGGUUGUGAAUGGGAAGCACCUGGUAAUUCAGGUGGUCGCUCUGAUUGUGUAACUGAACGUCUUCCUGGACACACUCAGGGACUGGUUAGAUCUUUUCCUGAUGCUGUUGUCCGAGUAGUACAGAUUUCAUCUAUUUCCACAGAACAAGAGUACUAUGUAAGUGCAGAACAGUUGCUUAAAAUGUCUCUUUAAAAAAGAAAAAUAAAGAAGCUAAUAAAAAAAUUGAUUCCAUCACUCUUGGCUCUUUAUAAAAAUGCCUGAGAGCGUUGGCUUUCUGUCGGGGGCUCCCUUGGGCAUCUCUGUCUUCUGUACAGGCUGCGCUCACCCUGCAGCAUUCGUUUCUAUAGAGAACAUGUUUUAAAGAUUUUUUUUCAAGAAGUGGACUCUAAGUUUUUAGCCUUUUAGCCACAGCAACUGGUAGAAGUGAUAUUCUUGUACCCUAAAGCAAGCAAAAAAUGGAUUUUUCAAGUCCAUUUCUUUUUUUACUUUUUAACAUAAAGUAAUACACUUUUUUUUAAACACUUCCUUGUGUUUAGAUUGUAAGUCUGAAAAUUUUCUAAUAAAUAGCCACAGUUUUUCCAGUUUCCAUGUGAACUUGUGAUGUUAAUGAAUGCUUUUUUUUUUUUAAUUAUAGGAACAGCUCUUAAUUGAAAUUACUUUGGUUUUGUAUUAUUCCUAACAAGGAAAAUGGAAACCCUCCUCAUCUCAAGAAAAUACAGUGGAAUUUAUUUUGGGCAUUGAAUUAAGUUUUGUGGCUUAAAUUUAAUUUAAAUGUAAAGUUUAAAAUUAAUACCUUUUAAACAAAAAUUUGAAAAAGUUUUCCUGUAGCCCACCAUCUUCAUAAAUGGAAGCUCUCUUUGGUGCCUUCAAAUUUAUAAAAUCUACGAAUUCUAGGUUUUGGGUCUUAAUUACUGUUAUUUCUACUUGAAGCCUUCUUCCCCAGAAAUUGAAAAAGCAUGUGAACUUUUUCUUUUCCUUGCUUAUUACCUUUGGGAGGGGGGCAAUGUAAGGGAAGGAGCCUGUUCUUUCAAAUGUGACCACAGAAGUAACCAAACCCUGAGGCUCACCUCGCUUGUGAAAGACCUGACGUGAGAUGGUGGGGUCAGUGUGCCUGGUCUCGGCCUCCCUCUGGUGCUUGAUGUGGGCAAAUGAAAACCAGGUGUGUUCUGCAGAUUUCUCCUUUUAUGUUCCUCCGUGGUUGUUCCAUUCAUUUUGCUCCUUUGCAGCUAACUACAAGCUUCUAAGACCUAGAACAGAUGGUAAGUGUUGAUAGAUGGAGUAACAACUCAUUUCCGAAAGGAUUGAUCCUGAUCUAAUUGUAUGGGCAAAAUUGCUGACAAAAUGUUUCUAAUUUUGCUUAGUGGGACUUACCUCAGACAUUUGGUAGUAAAAUUUCACCACAGCUAAAUGUUUUAACCAACCCUCAGGAUUUGUUCUGAAAGUUAUGUUUCGAGAAGUGGGUUUGUUGGAUGGAGUCCAGGAGUAAGGUGGGGAGAGGGAAGAGAGGGGAGUGAAGGAGGAAGGCACGCUGGUAAGAUUGAGUCGAGAAAGCCGCGUGUGCUUUCUUGUGGAGUCUGGUGUGUGUCAGCUUAUUGACGUCUCUGAGAAGACCUGCAGAAAGAGGCUGGAAUAACAGUCAACCCUGUUUACCUAACACUCAUUGCCCCAGGAAGCUAGUGCACGCUGAGAAACACCUGUGAGACUUAAACGGUGAGAUGGUUUUUAAAGCAAAUUUAAACCCCCUAGUUAAGGUUUAGAGUCCCUGCUAAGCAAGGUUGGAGGUUCAAGUCCAUUCAGAGAUGCCUCAGAAGAAAGACCUAGAGAUUGACUCCUGAAAAAUCAGCCAUUGAAAACUCCUUGGAGCACCGUUCGUUCUCCUCUGACACAUGGGGGCGCCAUGAGUCGGGACUGACUCGAUGGCAGAUAUUUUUGGAUUUUUAGGAGUUUUACUUUGGUUUCUGUAGUUAACUUCUUAAGGGGUCUUUGGGAAGGGUUUUUUAAACUCAGUGUCCUCAAUCUCACGUGCACAUCAAGAAUCACCUGGGCAGCUAUAAAACGUACUGAUACCGGGGUAGGGGGAUGGGGAGACCCUGGUGGUGCAGUGGUUAAGGCCUACGGCUGCUGACCAAAACGUCGGCAGGUGGGAUCCACCAGGCGCUCCUUGGAAACUCUAUGGGGCAGUUCUGCUCUGUCCUGUAGGGUUGCUGUGAGUUGGAAUAGACUCAACGGCAAUGAGUUUGGUUUUGUAGGGGGCGAAUGGGAGAAGAGGCCCAUGGGGUCUCAUCCCCUGAAAUUUUGGUUUAAUUUUUUGGAGGUACUGCCUGGAGGAUCGCUGUUUUAAAAAGUUGUGGUGUUAAGCUAUAAACCCUAGGUUGUAGUUGUGUUUUUGCCCCUCUGAUUAUAAAAGAAAUGCACAUGACAGUCCCUGCUGGUCUCAGCUUUGGACAUCCGGAGUAAGGCUCUGGGGUUUCUUAGAGGGUUCCUGCCUUUUGGAAUCCCAAAUCCCAAAAAGAAGCCUAAAAUUUUUACUUACAAGGGACUGGGACCAGGUGCUUAGGCAGAGGUUCUUAUAUGGCCUUGAAAUGAUAAAGGCUGUCCUGCGUGAUAGUUCUGUGACUUUCAGUGUAAAAUUAUCUUGUUAAAAUUAUAAGAAAAUUUCUAGAAUAUUCCAGAACACAAAUAUCAAAUCUGAAAGUGAGCAGAAAAGACCGGAGCUCCAGAAAUAGCUGACCCAAAAUAACAUUAAAAUCUCAUCCUCAGGCUCUUUUCAGUUAUUAGCGUGUACAUUCUGACAGUUCCCUUUCAGAUUUCUUUGGCUCGCAGAAAAAUUGGACAGGAAGAGGGCUGGGGAAAAUGGGGAGACAGUCAUAGUGAUGCUGGCCCCUCAGUGACUCUGGAGGUGACCAGAAGGCUUAGGUGAUCACUUGAGAAUGCAGAGGUCGUGAAGAGGUCAGCGUCGCCAGAGUAAAGUCUGCACCUUUCUGGAGUGCUCCCGCCCCCUUUUCUCCCCGCUGUCCUUAAAGAUGCCCCUCCUGGUUGAGACAGCAUCCAGUGUGUCUCUGCAGAGCCCUUUACACAAGGUCUGUGGUACGUAGAGUUCGUUCCUCAUUCCUGGGAAGAAAGCGAACGCACAUGCGUGGCCUUUGCCUCUUUCCGUUGGUGUCUACCAGACCUUCAGGACACUUCGCCCCUUUCCCCGGCCUCGUUAUUGCCCAGAGAGGAGCUUCGCCCCCGCGGUCAGCGCGCGUGGCUGCGGCCUUCCAUGGUGUUGGCCGCGGACUAGCUCUCAAGUUGUAGGUCCGGAAUUAGAGCUGCCUGUUUGCUUCUUGUAAAGGGCUGUUUCUUGGCCUUCUUUCUGCCCAUGCACACGUGCUGGGUACCUUGCUCGUUGGUGACGAGUCCUGUUAAUAAUGGUUGCUCUCCGGGUGGCUGCACAGUCUAGCAGAGCAGACUCUGGCGUCAGGUAAACCUGAGAUCGCUAGUUAGUCGUGUGGCCGGCCUCUGGUCCUGUAACUUGCUUCCUCCUCCUGCGCCUUGGUUUCCUCUCCUGUGGGGGUAAUGGCAGUACUUGACUUUUGACGUUCUGAUGAGAAUUCUCUGACCCCGUGCAUACAGAGCACAGCAGCUGUCACGUAGUGAAUGUCCAGAAAGGAAGACGUGAGCUGCUGUCGUGAUGUGACAGUUCCAGGAACUGCGCGGGGGCUGGAAUGCUAGUUCUCGGCCGCCUCUUUCUCAUCUGCUGGUGCUCUCUCUGGAAAUGCUUAUCUAGUAUUUCUGUUUUGGGCUGCCAGAGUUUUAUAUUUUCUCCAAACUUAGCUGCAGCAUUUAAAAUUCCUGUGAUAGUACAUAAAAAUGUGAAUUUCUGGUUUCUCUUUUGAAAUGGGAAGGUCUGGCAACAUUUGGCCUGGAGUGGUUGCGUGGCAGCAGUCUGUGGAGCUGGAGGGAGAAGGCACCUGCCCCUCCCAGCCUUCCCCACGCCUUACAUCACCUGCUUGGGCCCCCCACACUGAGACUUACCUGUGGUCUCUGCCUCUGGAUCGCCUGGCUUUUAGGAAGACUGUCCUUGAAGAGGCAGGUGACCUUUGGGCCCCCUGGAUGGCCUAGGUGGGCGUCUUGGGCUCCUUCCCACGGGGCUUUGCAGUGCCCUUGUCCGCAGCCGUGCAGUGACCAGAUUGGGACCUUUGUCAGCUUGUGCAUGUUAGUGUCUGAAUUCUGUUGUGUAAGGUGUCUGCAUCGCUGCAUCACCUGCUCCGGUGUGGGAGGUUGACUCUUUUCCCUUCAAACUUGUGGUUGGUAGUGUAUGAAAUGGUUCUGUCACUUUACAGUAAACUCGCUCAAGUGAGGGAGUUCCGUUUAGCUUCUGCAGCAGGAAUGCAGACAGUUUGUGAGAGGAAAAGGCGUGUGAGCGGGAGCCAUGCUGCAGGCCUGCCUGUGGGCUCCGGGGCGGUGGCUGGGAGCAGUGCUGCAGGCCCGCCUGUGGGCUCCGGGGCGGUGGCUGGGAGCAGUGCUGCAGGCCCGCCUGCGGGCACCGGGGUGGUGGCUGAGAGCAGUGCAGACCUGCCUGUGGGCUCCGGGGCCGUGGCUGAGAGCAGUGCAGACCUGCCUGUGGGCUCUGGGGCGGUGGCUGGGAGCAGUGCUGCAGGCCUGCCUGUGGGCUCCGGGGCGGUGGCUGAGAGCAGUGCUGCAGGCCUGCCUGUGGGCUCCGGGGCGGUGGCUGAGAGCAGUGCAGACCUGCCUGUGGGCUCUGGGGCAGUGGCUGGGAGCAGUGCAGACCUGCCUGUGGGCUCCGGGGCAGUGGCUGGGAGCAGUGCUGCAGGCCCGCCUGUGGGCUCCGGGGCGGUGGCUGAGAGCAGUGCAGACCUGCCUGUGGGCUCCGGGGCAGUGGCUGGGAGCAGUGCUGCAGGCCCGCCUGUGGGCUCCGGGGCGGUGGCUGGGAGCAGUGCAGACCUGCCUGUGGGCUCCGGGGCAGUGGCUGGGAGCAGUGCUGCAGAUCCGCCUGCGGGCUCCGGGGCGGUGGCUGAGAGCAGUGCAGGCCCGCCUGUGGGCUCUGGGGCGGUGGCUGGGAGCAGUGCAGGCCUGCCUGUGGGCUCUGGGGCGGUGGCUGAGAGCAGUGCAGACCUGCCUGUGGGCUCCGGGGCAGUGGCUGGGAGCAGUGCUGCAGAUCCGCCUGCGGGCUCCGGGGCGGUGGCUGAGAGUAGUGCAGACCUGCCUGUGGGCUCUGGGGCGGUGGCUGGGAGCAGUGCUGCAGGCCUGCCUGUGGGCUCUGGGCCAGUGGCUGAGAGCAGUGCAUACCUGCCUGUGGGCUCCGGGGCGGUGGCUGAGAGCAGUGCAGACCCGCCUGUGGGCUCCGGGGCGGUGACAGAGCAGUGCAGACCGGCCUGCGGGCUCCCGGGCAGUAGCAGAGAGCAAGGCAGCACUUCACUUUGGAUUUUCAUUUGGCAGGUGCAGCUGGUGAGAACGCCUGACAUUUGCUUAGUUGAACGUUAAAUUCAGGCAUUGCUAUUUGUGGAACUAACAGUUGGUGGAGGAAUGCAAAGUGUGUUUCUAACCUGUAAUAAGUGUGCUUGCUGUUAGGUGCCCUCGAUUCGGUUCUUACUCAUAGUGACCCUGUGUACAAACAACGAAACACGGCGUGGUCCCACGUCAUCCUCAUGAUCCUUGUUACGCUGGAGCCCCUUGUUGCAGCCACUGUGUCAGUCCAUCUUGUUGAGUCUUCUCUUUUUUGCUGACCCUCUACUUUGCCAAGCACAAUGUCCUUCUCCCGGGACUGAUCUCACCUGAUAACAUGUCUGAAGUAUGUGAGACGGAGUGUUGCCAUCCUUGCUUUUAAGGCAUGUUCUGGUGGUACUUAUUCCAAGAUAGAUUUAUUCCUAAGUACUCACUAGAGGUUAUACACCUUUGUCAGUGCUCAGUGCCCAGCUGGCGGUAGGCAUUCAAUCAGAUUUUGUUGAAUGAAUGAAUACAUGAAAGAUGUGCUUUAGGUCAAGGGUCAGCAACCUGUGGCCCACUUGGCCCAUGGCCUGUUUUUGUACAGCCUUGGAGCUAAAAAUGGUUUUUACGUUUUUAAAAGUUGUAACAACAACAAAGAAUAAUAUGGCACAGAGAUGCUGUGUGGCCCGUAAACUGUCCUUCACAGAAACGUCUGCUGAUCCUUGCUUUAGGUAACCGAGGCGCUCCUCUCCCAGUGCCUCUUGCUGUUUCCCUGUGUUGUGUGUGCCUGGACAGUCACUGUAGAUGGUGGCAUCCCAGUGAUGUUUGUUACCCCCUAAAUAGGGCAAAGUGGCCACCAGACACACGCAGGCUUUGAAUAGGAAGCAGGGGGCAGUUGCUGCUGCUGUUUCAUAAAAGCCAGCCUGACUCUGCUCAGAUGUCAUCGAGAACUGCUUUGAACAUCGUGUGUUGAGCCUUGGCACUAUUGGACGUCACAAAAGCUUAGAGCUGGAAGAAAAUUAGAAAUUCUCUUGUUCAACCAUUUGUUCAAUAAACUAAAAUACAAAGAAGAAAUGAGGACUUCUCUAAAGUGAAAUUACUUUUUAGAAGCAAAGCCUUUCCCCAGCUGCCUGUUUGGUGAUGAGAGACAUCCCAGAUUCUGAGGCCAAGAGUACGUAAAGUCAGAGGACUUAGUCGGUUCACUGCGGCUUAGGCAGUCCCCCGCCCCUGGAGGGAACAGUGUGACAGUAUGACCAAGGCAAGUUAUUAACUUUUCUGUUCUUCACUGUCUGCAUCUGUUACAGAAAUGAUCAUAGUACCUAGGUCAGAUGGUUGUUAGGUUGAGGUUAUAUUUGUAAAGCAUUUAAAAUCGUACCUGGCACAUGAUAAGCACUGUAUUUGUGUUAAGUAUAAAGAAGGCCAUGGCUGAAAGAGCAGUAACGGUUAGUUUUAUUACAUGAGUGUAAGUUUGAGGAGUCCCCAUCCAUCCCCAGGGUUGACACACAAAUUACUGGGCAGGAAGAGCCUCACCCGUUACCAUGCUGGAGGUCAGGUUUGGUACCCGAAGCCCAGCUUCUCUGACAGUAAGGCACCCGCAGCCCCAUUACUGUUUAUCCAGGUGUCUGGAGAUUUUAAUGUCUGAAUUUUUCAGCUCAUAUUAUGUCUUCAGGUACUUAAUUUGUUAGUACUUUUAAAUUAUCGUUAAUAGCUAAUUCUCAUAAUACCUUUUCUGUCCGCCUAUGGAAAAGCUAAAUGAUAUUAGAGGUGGAGGGAAAAGGUAUACUUGUGGCACCUUUUCACAUCUCAGAGAAAACAGAAUCAGCUGCCUGCAUGGUUCAGAGAAAAUAGCAAAUCUGUCGUCGUAGUUUGGAUUCUGAAAUUCUGGACUGAGACUGGUAACUCAGAAGUGAAAUAUUCAUGUCACUUUAGCAAAUCUCCAUAUACCUCUAGUAAAAAAAAAAAAACCUCUAGUAGGUUGGCCUAUAUAUGGGAUGCUUUUAUUUGAAAACUUAAGAAACUUUACCUGAAUUAUGUUCUUAAUGGGCUGAUGUCAUUUUUCUCCCAGUUUGCCGUGUUGAUGUGGGUAUUCACCUAUGUUGGCGCCCUGUUCAAUGGUCUG